GGCCAAACCCAAAGCUCCAAUUAACCAGUUGCCUGGCCCUCUGCACCCCAGAGAGUCAAUCGCCGUAACAGAAAUCUUCGCUCCGUGGGACUGGCUGCUGCGUCUCGGUGCCUGUCUGGGUGAGCGCGCUCCGCGCCUCCGGGCGAGGAGAACGAGGAGGAGGAGCCAGAGCUGGGAGGCGGGAACAACCUGCCGCGGGUGAGAUGAUGGAGCAGCGUUUGCGGCGGCCGCGGCGGCAGCAGCCCCAGCAGCUCUUGAACACACCUCAAUGAGAGCAGCGGUGGAAGCUGCCGAGCAGAAAGACGUAAGCAGGCUAACUAUAGCUGCCAGGAGCCAGAGGGGAGGUAACCUGUUCGGCUCAAGGCUGUGAGGUGCGUAAUUUUGAGCGGACCCAUCGUGGAGCAGCUGCAGCCGGCGUUGCCACAGGUGAUUCGAUUUCCUGUGACGGUAGCCUAGCCACAGUAAGAUCUGGAGGCAUUCUUAUUUUAAAGUCCUUUUCGACUGAGUGCCAACUGGAGAAGGGAGAAGACUCCUAAUAAAAGUCUUACUGUUGGUAAAUUGACGACCAAAAUUUAAAAAGUGACUCCUCCCUUUACCCCCUCUCCUCUGAGAGGCAGAUGGGAGCCAUGGCUUAUCCCUUACUCUUCUGCCUCCUGCUCACUCAUCUGGGACUGGGAGCUGUUGGUGCCAGCCGCGACCCUGCGGGACGUCCGGGUUCGCCGCGAGAGAGGACCCUGAGGGGGAAGCAGCACGCCCAGCAGCCGGCUGGAGCUUCUGUCUCGGACCCCUCGGCUCCCUGGAGCCGCUCCACCGACGGCACCAUCUUGGCGCAGAAACUCGCCGAGGAGGUGCCCAUGGACGUGGCCUCUUACCUCUACACCGGAGACUCCCACCAGCUGAAGCGAGCCAACUGCUCCGGCCGCUAUGAGUUGGCGGGCCUGCCCGGGAAGUCGACAGCCCUAGCCAGCUCCCAUCCCUCUUUGCACGGGGCACUGGACACGCUGACACACGCUACCAACUUCCUCAACAUGAUGCUGCAGAGCAAUAAGUCGCGAGAGCAGAACUUGCAGGACGACCUGGAGUGGUACCAGGCACUGGUGCGGAGUCUCCUGGAGGGUGAGCCCAGCAUCUCCCGGGCGGCCAUCACCUUCAGCACCGAGUCGCUGUCCACGUCCGCCCCGCAGGUCUUCCUCCAAGCCACGCGCGAGGAGAGUCGCAUUCUGUUUCAGGACCUGUCGUCCUCGGCACACCACCUGGCCAACGCCACUCUGGAGACCGAGUGGUUCCAUGGCCUCCGGCGCAAGUGGCGGACCCACGUACACCGCCGCGGCUCCAACCACGGGUCCCGGGGCCUGGGCCAUGGCUGGCGGCGCAGGGACGGGUUUGGCGGGGACAAGAGCCAUGUCAAGUGGUCUCCGCCUUAUCUGGAGUGCGAGAACGGGAGUUACAAGCCCGGGUGGCUGGUCACUCUCUCCGCUGCUUUCUACGGCUUGCAGCCUAACUUGGUCCCAGAAUUCAGGGGUGUCAUGAAAGUGGACAUAAGUCUUCAGAAAGUGGACAUUGACCAAUGUUCGAGUGAUGGCUGGUUUUCAGGAACUCACAAAUGUCACCUUAACAAUUCAGAGUGUAUGCCCAUUAAAGGCCUCGGAUUUGUGCUUGGAGCCUAUCAAUGCAUUUGCAAAGCAGGAUUCUAUCAUCCCCGAGUCUUCUCAGUGAACAAGUUUCAGAGAAGGGGUCCGGAUCACCAUUUUGCAGAAAGUACAAAAGAUGUGUCAGAAGAAGCCCAUGUCUGCCUACCCUGCAGGGAGGGCUGCCCCUACUGUGCUGAUGACAGCCCCUGCUUUGUCCAGGAGGAUAAGUAUUUGCGACUUGCUAUCAUCUCCUUCCAAGCCCUGUGUAUGCUGCUCGACUUCGUUAGCAUGCUGGUGGUCUACCGCUUUCGCAAAGCAAAGAGCAUCAGGGCAUCGGGCCUUAUCCUGUUGGAAACAAUCCUUUUUGGGUCUCUGCUUCUAUACUUUCCGGUCGUUAUUUUGUACUUUGAGCCAAACACAUUUCGCUGUAUUCUCCUAAGAUGGGUCCGCCUCCUUGGUUUUGCUACUGUUUAUGGAACUGUCACUCUCAAGCUCCACAGGGUUUUGAAAGUGUUCCUUUCUCGAACAGCCCAACGGAUUCCAUACAUGACUGGUGGACGGGUUAUGAGGAUGCUGGCAGUAAUACUCCUGGUAGUAUUUUGGUUUCUUGUUGGCUGGACUUCGUCUGUUUGCCAGAAUUUGGAGAGGCAGAUUUCUCUUAUUGGCCAAGGGCAAACAUCUGAUCACCUCAUCUUCAAUAUGUGCCUCAUCGAACGCUGGGAUUACAUGACAGCAGUUGCUGAAUUUUUGUUCCUCUUGUGGGGUGUUUAUCUCUGCUACGCAGUGCGGACAGUCCCAUCAGCAUUUCAUGAGCCACGCUACAUGGCUGUAGCAGUUCACAAUGAGCUGAUCAUCUCUGCUAUAUUCCAUACAAUUAGAUUUGUUCUUGCCUCAAGGCUUCAGUCUGAUUGGAUGUUGAUGCUGUAUUUUGCACAUACUCAUUUGACUGUGACAGUCACUAUUGGGUUGCUUCUGAUUCCAAAGUUUUCACAUUCAAGCAAUAAUCCACGAGAUGACAUUGCUACAGAAGCGUAUGAGGAUGAGCUAGACAUGGGCCGGUCUGGAUCCUACCUGAACAGCAGUAUCAACUCAGCUUGGAGUGAGCACAGCUUGGAUCCAGAGGACAUUCGGGAUGAACUGAAGAAACUCUAUGCUCAGUUGGAAAUAUAUAAAAGGAAGAAGAUGAUCACAAAUAACCCCCACCUCCAGAAAAAACGGUGCUCGAAAAAGGGGUUAGGUCGUUCAAUCAUGAGGCGUAUAACUGAGAUCCCAGAGACAGUCAGCAGACAAUGUUCCAAAGAGGACAAGGAAGUCACAGAGCACAGCACAACCAAGAGCACUGCCCUCGGUAGGAAGAACCCUCAAGAGUCUUCAGGUAAUACCGGGAAACCCAAGGAGGAGUCCCUGAAAAACCGAGUCUUCUCGCUGAAGAAAUCCCAUAGCACUUACGAUCAUGUAAGAGACCAAACGGAAGAGUCCAACAGUUUACCUACUGAGAGCCAAGAAGAGGAGGCUACAGAAAAUUCCACACUGGAGUCUCUGUCAGGUACAAAACUAACACAAACACUGAAAGAAAACAGCGAGGCUGAGUCCACAGAGUCUGUGCCUUUGGUGUGUAAGUCAGCAAGUGCUCACAAUCUCAGCUCAGAGAAGAAGCCGGGCCACCCACGAACAUCCAUGCUGCAGAAGUCUCUCAGUGUCAUAGCAAGUGCCAAGGAAAAGACUCUUGGAUUAGCUGGGAAAACCCAAACGUCAGGUGUGGAAGAACGUGCUAAAUCCCAGAAACCUCUGCCAAAAGAUAAAGAGACAAACAGAAAAUACUCAAAUUCAGAUAAUACAGAGAAUAAAGAUUCUGUUCCUCAAAACUCCAGUCAUUUGGAGGAGCCAGGAAAACCUCAGAAAUCUGGAAUUAUGAAGCAACAAAGGUCCAACCUCCCCACUGCCAAUUCUGACAUGAGCCCAUAUACCACUGAGAUGAAGGACAACUUUGACAUAGGGGAAGUGUGCCCUUGGGAGGUUUAUGACCUGACUCCUGGUCCUGUGCCUUCAGAAUCAAAAGUUCAAAAGCACGUAUCUAUUGCGGCUUCUGAAAUGGAGAAAAACCCAACAUUUUCCUUAAAGGAGAAAUCUCAACACAAGCCUAAGGCAACUGAACUAUGUCAGCAAUCCAAUCAGAAGAGCAGAGACAAGGCCGAGGUCUGCCCUUGGGAGAACCAAGGUCAGCCCCUUUAUGAAGAUGAGAAGCAUUUGAUAUCUAAGACUCAGGCGCCCCCAGGGAGGGCAAAAGAUGAGAAAGGUGGUCAGCAUUAUGCAGCCAAUGUGUGUGCUGGGCAAUAUGAAGAACUGUCCUCCAAAGUUGUGGCAUCAAAAGUAGAGAAUGAAAAUCUUAACCAAGUAGGAGACCAGGAAAAAAAGACAUCUUCCUAUAAUUCAAGUAAUAACUUUCAGCAGCCUUUAACAUCACGAGCUGAGGUGUGUCCUUGGGAGUUUGAGUCACCAGAUCAACCAAAUGCUGAAAGUAAUGUAGCUUUACCUGCCUCUUUGGCUUUAAAUGCAAAUCAGAUAGCAGAACCUCGAAAAUAAGAGGUCUCGGAUACCUUCAAAGUGCAGCAUCCCCAGAAAGAAAAGGAGGAAAACUUGAAUUUGAUAUGAGACAGAAUAUAUAAGGAUCAAAAAUUCCAAAGAGUAUUUGCCAAUCAGGGGAAAUAUGAAAGGCAUGGAAAGUCAGAAGACGACUGAGGAGAGUAGAGAAAUAUCAUCAUGGAGAAGUUAGACUGGCCAAAAAGUCUUUCCCCUGGUAACACUAGGAAAACCUUUACAUUUCAGCCUGUUUAGAGGAAGUAGCCCACAACACCUUCCCCUGAUCAAUAUUUACCCACAGGACUUUGAAGAUCCUAAUCAAGGCAAGCCAGAAGACACAGGAAAGGUAUGAUAUUUGCAAAGAAGGUAUAAAUGAAAUUCUAAGUAGCUGACUGAAAAGAACUUACUCUACCUAUAUAACCUUGAUAACACUGCUAACUUAAUGCAUCCCAAAAAUAUCUUUUAUAUUAAUGAUUUCUCUCAUUUUUCUUAUAAAUGUAUGUUUCAGUACAUUGUUGUGUCUCAUAUUCAAGCAUUCCAGAUUGUAUAAUUUUUGCAAAUAACUUUGAUACUAUGUGACACACAUUUAUGCAAUCUACAGCUACUCAAUUGUUCUUGCAACUUACAGAAUACCUGCGAUCUAUCAACUUUAGUUGAUUCUUGAAGUACAGUAAGCUUUCUCUAGCUUGGGAAGUCAUAAUUGUUAUGAUAAAAUCUCUUAGUUUUGGCUGUGAUUUAUAUAUUGCAAAUUUAGAGUAACUAUUAUUUCACAUCAUGGUUUGUAAUACUGUCUUAAUCAGGGUUUUUAAUACAAGUUAAGUUACUUGUUUUGCACUUCUUGUUAGGACUCAGAAGCUUUAUUAAUAUCAGAGAUCAAGUGGUCCUACAUAGUUUUAUGUCUCAAUAAGUUAAGGACAACUUAUCUAUUGUUUGAGAUCAGAAAUAGAUAAUGCCUUCAUUUCAACUAAUUGUCCCUUUUAACUCUUUCAGUAUUUCAUACUUAGCAGCAUUUCAUAAGGAAGAAGCUAAGAGUGAGAAGAAUAUACUGUGCAUUAAUAUUAUCACUGGAAAGGGAAGACACUAAGAAUGACAUGAGAAUUACAGCAGUACUGUAAGCCAGGAAAUUUGCCUUUCAAAACAGAUAGAAAGGGAGCUCCUGAUAGCACUUUCAAGGUGUUAUUUUUUUAAAGAGAUAAAUUAUGAUAGCAUCAAGAUUAUUAAAUGGAUGUAUUUUUAUUGUGCAUACUAAAUAUAUAAUAUUUUAAAUGACCUUAAACUAUUUAUUCUCAUAAACUCUUAUUCAUUGCUUCAGCUAGGGGUAGAACUUGCUGGGCUCAAAUCCCAAAGAAACUUAUAACCCGAUUUAUUCCAAGCCUAUAAGGUGGUGCCAGCUCAUCCUUCUCCCAAGCACUGGAAAACUUAUGUGUCCUGCAAAUUGUCAUUGUGAGCCACCUAGUGCAAAAUUUAAAGUGCAGAGGUUUAUUUGCAAAGCAAAACAGCCCCCAAAGCAUAUUUUAUAAAACUUGUUGCAGUCCACACUGAUCACGUGGCAUGAAAAUCCUGAGCUUCUGACUUAGCCCUACUGAUGUGACCACAGAAGGAGGUUCCAUUAAAAAGCUCAGUCCCAUUGUAUUUAAAGAUGUGUCUCUUAAACACAGAACCCACCUCCCUUUCUCCAGUACUAAACACUGACGUCUCAACAGCUUAUUUGGCCAGGACAUUUCCAGACUAAGUGACUUUUUCAUUUGGAUAAAAGAUGAGAAAGGGAAUGGAAGGUGGAUGCAGGGCUGUUCUUGGAGAAUAUCAUUCUUGGUGGACAGUAAAAGCUAGGACUUCUUCUUAUUCAUCAUCAAAAUUUUCUCAACAAUUUUUAUUGAGGAGUAAGCGAGCACUUCACCAUUUUACAAAGCUGUGCACAUAUCACCCUCACCCAUUUCCUCACUUUGUGCAUUACUCAGGUUGGUGGGGUCGGUGUGAAGAGAUAGAAAUUCUAUUUUUUGUGUGCUUCCUUCAUUUAUUUUUUCUUCCCUUCCUUUUCAAUCAAGGCCUAUCUACUUGGUAACUUAGAAAUAUAACUCUAAGGUAUAUUUGUAUACCAGUUUACAGACCCACCUACUUGUUUAAUUUAUGUCUGAGAUCUGUUGGCACUGUAUUCACUUUUUGAGACAUAAACAGUCAAGCAUCAAUGACUUUAUUGCACUUCAGGUUAAUCCAGCUAGAGGUGUGGCUUAAAAAAAAAUUGCCAAAUGAUACCGUAGUCUAUAGAUUUUCCUCCACCAGCAUAAAUCAGUGAGAGUGCCUAGGUCUUUCCUAGAGUUUCAUUGCCAUUACUUAUCACCAAGAGAAGUUUAAAUCUACACUUCCUGAGGUUGUUUUCCCAGACUGAUGAUAAGAAAGUGAAUGAGCACCAAUGAGGUCACAAACAUUUCCUAGGUUGUCCUUCUCAAUGCAUGUGCAGGCUGCAUCCUGUCCUUAUUUUUAAGCCAGGGUUUAUAACUAAGUAGAUUUAUACCAAUUUAAUAGAACUGUAUAUUUUAUGCCAGAAUUAAAUGCUUUACGACAUGACUUAUAACUCAACCCAGUGUAAACUUUGGUGGCAAUAUGGACUUGAAAUUCGACAGUUCUCUUGUAUUUGCUUCAUAGGUUUCUGCAUGCAAGUGGUGACAGGUAGGACUGAAAAAAAACACUGCCUUUUGACUUUCUAGCAUUUAGCAACCGAGAGUUGUAGAGUCAAUAAAACUGUAAGUCUCUUCACUUAAUCUGUGGUUCUUUUGAAACUGUUAUCUGAAACCUACAGCAUCCCACCAUAAAAUAUUUGGUAAAUUUAUGUUGUGACAUGUUGCAGCAUGUAAAUACUUAUAACA